GCCUUGCUGAGUUAAAGACUAGUAAUGGCUACUAAUUACCCUGGCAGUAACUUCUCCGGGUCGCCUCCUGGCGUGGGAGGGAGCGUGCAAGGCCAACAGGACCCGUUUGCUGCAGCAGCGGCUAUCGCAGCCCAAACAGCGGCCUCUCUGACGAGCCAGCUGAGUGGCAAGGCUACUGAGCAAGGAAAUACACCAUCGUUCAGUUCAGGGGGACAUGGUGACAGAGGAUUCGACGACCGGAGGCAACUAUUCGUUGGUGGCAUACCCGAGGGGUUCACUGACGAUGAUUUUCAUCGAUACUUCUCACAAUUUGGAAAUGUUGAGAGAUCAAUCGUUAUGACGGAUAAAAUGACUGGUCGCUGUCGAGGGUUUGGUUUCGUAACGUAUGCGACAACUGGAGAGGUAGAGAAUUGCCUCGCGAACGGGCCACAUCAACUGAAUGGAAAACAUGUCGAUGUGAAUCGGUCUCAAGAUCCUAAGGAUGCUCAUAAGGGAGGCUGGGGCUCCGAUAGAUCUGGGGGUCCCUCUCGACGUGGCGGUGGUGGUGAUGAUCCGAAGAAGGUCUUCUGUGGAGGGCUGCCUCAGGACUGUGAUACAGAACGCCUCCGUCAGCACUUUUCCCAGUAUGGCAACAUCGUCGACUGCAUUGCUAUGCGGGAUCGAGAUACUGGUCGGUCGAAGGGUUAUGGUUUCGUCACCUUCGAUUCGGAAGAUGCUGUCAAUGCGGCUAUAAAUGGGGAUAAUACGAUCGAUGGGCGAUGGGUCGAGGUUAGGAACUCUCAGCGGUUCGGGGGCUCGGAUGGGAGUAGUCAAGGAAAGGGCCGGGGCUGGGGGUCGUUUGAAUCGCAAGGCUACGGUGAUGCCUAUAGUCAAGCGGCGGCGGCGGCCAUGCAGCAGGGAUGGGCUGGGAUGGCGGCUCAACAGGCAGCAUACUAUCCUUACGCAGCCUACUACGGUAGUUACCAGGCUGGUCAGCAGGGAGGUCAAGCUGGUCAGAUGGAUCCUUACGCUGCCUAUUAUGCUGCAAUGGCUGCUGCAGCGAGUCAGCAACAGCAACAGCCGGUUGCGGCAGCAUCACAGGAAACGCCACAACAACAGCCUCAGCAGUCAUACCCAUCAGGAGGAGGUGCGAGUAUAAGCGCUGAUGCGGGACGUUCUAAUCCGUAUUAGUUACUCGUACUAUAGACAGAGCAUAGUAGUUGAGUGACUGCGAGUGUUUGGUAGCUUCCGUUUCGAGGCUAAGGUCAUCAGCCAGU